AAACCCAAAUGUGCUACAUUAUUAGCUGACAGUAUUUUCUGCUCAUGACCGAGAGUAGAACACACUAUAUUUUGUGAUUAGAUGAUGGCAUGCAUGGAGGAAUGAGUUUCCCUGUCGGCCUUUGCAGCUGACUGACGUUUGCGCAUCUGGAUUACGGCAGAGCUCGCUUUAGCGCUAAGCUAGGUGUGUUUGUCUGUUAGCUGUCCGCUGCAGUGAUUGUUUAUAUGUUUAUUUUUUAAUUGUUAAUCGCCACCUGUCAGCAAGUUAGCUAGUGUGAAUGCGAGCUCUAAAAAAAACAAAGUUAAAAUGUAACCAUGGAGCCCAAGAUUCGGAAACUGGCAAUGGCCUCCCCCUUCAGCGUCUCCCUCUUGCUGGUGGCUCUGCUGCUGGCCGAGUCCCCUGGGUGCCAGGCAGGGGACUGCAAGAGCCACAGGCAGGUGUUGAGGGGAGCACCAGGCUACGUUACAGAUGGACCAGGAAACUAUUCUGUCAAUGGGAAUUGCGAGUGGCUCAUCAAAGCUCCCAGUAACAGUCACCGCAUUGUCUUGAAUUUCACCUUUAUGGACACUGAGUGUACCUAUGAUUACUUGUUUGUGUAUGAUGGCGACUCUUACCAGAGUCCUCUGCUUGCCAGUCUCAGUGGCAACACAACACCACAACCCAUUGAAGCCAAGUCUGGCAUGAUGCUCCUCCAUCUUUUCAGUGAUGCUAAUUACAACCGACUGGGUUUCAAUGCAACCUACACCUUCUCUUUGUGUCCUGGUGCCUGUGGCGGCCAUGGCCGCUGUGAUCCCUCUACGUCAAAGUGUCACUGCCAUCAUGGUUGGGGAGGUGCAUCGUGUAUGAGCCCUCUGUGCUCCAAGGCUUGCUCUGUGCAUGGCCAGUGUGACAAGAAAGGCGAGCGGUGUCUCUGCCACACAGGCUUCUUGGGACAAAGUUGUCAGCUCGAUCUCCAUGAUGACAGAGGAGCAGGGCAGUGGUGGCAUGUGAGUGGGGGAGACCUCUACACCCCCCCUAGAACUGGUUCUUCUGGGGUGUACCUGAACUCAACAGGAGCCUUGUACUUAUUUGGUGGGUUUGACCUGAACAGAGCUCUAGGUGACUUGAUCAAAUACAACUUCACAUCUAACCAGUGGGAGAGCAGAUCUUAUGGCCAUUCACCUGCGGCUCGCCACUCACAUACAGCAGUGGAGUGGAUGGGCAAUAUGGUUGUUUUUGGAGGGGAGCUAGCCAGUGGCACUCUGGCCAAUGAUGUCUGGAUGUACCGGCCACAUCAUGAUGACUGGCAGCAGCUUGGUUUCUCAUAUUCACCUGGAGCGCCUAAAUUGGCCAAUCAUGCUGCAGCUGUAGUGGACACCUAUCUGUAUGUCUUUGGAGGUCGUACUGAGGAGGACAUGUUUUCCUCAUCUCUGUAUCGGUUUGGCCUGCUUGGCUCUGGACUAUGGGAAACAGUUGAGGCUACUGGUGGGAAAGCCCCAGCCACUGCUGGCCACUCCCUGGUGUACCACAGCCCUUCCAGGACACUGCUGGUGUAUGGUGGUCACAGGCCUACCACUGCCAGGUUUAGUGUGAGGGUGAACAACACUGACGUCUUUCAUGUGGAUCGCCGGUUCUGGACAUCCUUCCGUUCCCGUUUUCCAUCAACUGGCCCACGAGAAAGGGCCUUUCAUUCAGCCACUGUUAUUGGAAACUACAUGGUGGUCUAUGGGGGAAAUGUACAUAUUCACUAUCAAGAAGAAAAGUGCUAUGAUGAGGAGAUCUUCUUUUACCACCUGGGCUGUCAUCAGUGGGUUUCUGCAGGAGAGAGCUUGUCAUUCAGUGGGGAGGAUGUGAGGGGACGCUACUCACAUGUUGCUGCAGUGAUGGAGGGGCGGGUGCUGUUGGUCGCUGGGGGUUACAGCGGUGUUGUCCGUGGAGACCUGGUGGCUUACAAAGUUCCCCUGUUUGUCAGCAGUGAUCAGGGUGACCGGGAUGCUGUUUGUGCUGAGGCAUUAGAUGAGAGCAUGUGCCUGAAGAAUCCAGAAUGCAGCUGGUGCGAAGGCCGCUGUCGAGAGUACCAGCCCACCAAUCCGUGUGGUAGCACUGGAUGCUUAGGUCUUGCACGCUUCCUAUCCGACUGUCAGUCCUGCCUAGUUUUCAGCGGCACCCCAGCAUCGCUAGCCCGUGCCCCCGGUGAAUUUGGUUGGUGUGUUCAGAAUGAGUCCUGCCUCCCAGUGUCAGAGCAAAGUACAUGCCGCGUGGGCCAGAUAUCCAGGGCUUAUGGUUGGUGGGGGGAGCGUACUCGUUUCCUCACCUCCCUUGACUCCUGUCGCACAGAGAGCUAUGUUCCAGGAAUGCACCUGCUUACCUUCCAUCACCCUCGCAAUGACUCCCAACCUGACAAGGUGUCCAUCCUCCGCAGCACCACUAUUAGCCUUAGCCCCACCACAGAAAUGGACAUAGCACUGCAAUUCAGGGGUUUCAUCCACCCAUUGUGGGGCGCCUCUCCCUCUGAGACAGUCUUCAUGUGGGCUCGCAUCCAGAGAUUCCACUUUGAAGCACGGAUGGCAUCAGGACCAAAUUCCAGCCAACUGGAGGUGGUGGGUCGCUGGGAUGCACAACAGGAAAAGGAGCUGAAGUUGCUGGCUCGCCCUGAUGGCAGUAAACUGUUUCCCAACCUGACCAGAGGCAAUCAUUACCUGAUUCAGGCCAAGGGAUAUCUCAACAACUCUGGCUCUGGUCAGAGCAGUGAGAUGGCGCUGAUCUGGAACAGGACGCUGCCAGGAGGGAGUGAGAUCUCUUUCCUCUUUUUGGAGCCCUACCGUUCUGGUUCAUGCUCAGGGUACAUAUCCUGCUUGGCUUGUUUGUCUGACCAGUCUUGUGGCUGGUGUCCCUCAUUGUCCCGCUGCCUGUUGCGUGCUAACCCCAGUCUAGAGCGCUGCCCUGAAGGGCACGGAUCAGGUCACCGCCAUCUGCUGUUGGUCCCGCAGCACUGUACCUUAUGUGAAGAGUAUAGGGACUGCUCCGCUUGCACUCAGGAUCCUUAUUGCGAGUGGCUGAUGAACUCCAGCAAAAAAGGUGACUACCAGUGCAGUCGCAGAGGAAGACUGGAUGGAUCCAUACGUGACCCAAGGGCAUGUCCGAAAGUCUGCAGCCAGAGGAAGACUUGUGGUGAUUGCCUGUCCAACUCCAGCCAGUGUGCAUGGUGUGAAUCUGCACAGGCCUGCUUCUAUUUUGCUGCCUAUUUGACAAAAUACCCAUAUGGUGAAUGCCGGGACUGGUAUGACAGUGUCCAUUCAGUUCCUCAGUGUAAGCAAUGUACAGCUUUAAGCACUUGUACUGACUGCCUGCGAACAUUCCAGUGUGGCUGGUGUGGCGACUACAACAAUCCCACCAUUGGAAAAUGUCUGAGGGGAGACUGGGCAGGAAUGGAUGAUCCUUCUGUGUAUAACUGCAGUGUUGCUGUGGCUGAAGCCCGGGCUGCAAAUCCUGAGCCCCAAACCUCAGCCCCACCUCGACCUAUGGAAAUGGAAAUGGAGCUGGAGCACCUGGAUGAUGAAGAACAAGAUGCCAUCUGGUCCUAUCCCACCUGCCCCGAUGUGGAGGAAUGUAGGCUCGGUCUCCACAACUGCCAUUCCUUUGCAACAUGCAUCAACACCCCCACCACCUAUGAGUGCCACUGUGAGAGAGGAUAUACAGGAGAUGGCACACAGCACUGCAACCAGACAUGCUACAAUGAGUGUCGUGAAGGUCAGUGUAGUGGCAGCCCAAGGUUUGAGUGCGAGUGUUCUUUGGGCUGGACCUCUGACCCUGCCACUUUAGUUCUAAGUGGUGUUGAGUGCGAUGUUGACUGUGGCUGCAACUUCCAUUCCACUUGCAUUACUGCACCAGGAAUCUGUGAUGAAUGCCAGGACUGGACAACAGGCCCUCAUUGUGAGUACUGUCAUCCGGGUAGCUUUGGUUCAGCCAUAGCAGGUGGUGGCGGCUGUGUGCCUUGUGAGUGUAAUGGCCAUGGGGACCCACUCCAAGGCUACUGUCACAACCAGACAGGCCAGUGCUAUUGCACACACAACACUAACGGAGCACAUUGUGAGUCCUGUCUGCCUGGUUACUAUGGAGACCCCAGAAACAAUGGCACAUGUUACCGCCAGUGUCAGGGACGAUCUGUUCUGCUCUCUUCCUCCUCAUCUUCCAAACUGCCCCUGUCCUCUUCUCUGGGUUGGAGAAGUGGCACAGAGGGGAAAGGAGGUCUGUCUCAUUGCCUAUGGGUCCUUUCUGUGACGGAGAACCUGGCACCCUGUCUCCCCAUACAACUCUGCCCCCCUGUAGCUCUCACUCUGCAUCCAGACUCCCAUACACACUGUACUGACUCCUAUGUCUAUGUGUUUGAUGGCCUUCCCCGUUUUCUGAACAAUGGUGUGGUACAUUUGGAUCACAAUCUGAUUGGAGCAUUUUGUGGCACCACAAGGACUCAGCCCAUCACUGUGGAAGCCACGUCAGGUGUGAUCUCAGUCUAUUUUGAGGCCAAUGUAUCUUCAAACAGACCUCAAGGCUUCAAUGCUUCUUUCUGGGUGCGACGGUGUCAUCACAACUCCAAUAAAGGUGAAGAAGGGUCAGGGUCACCUGUAUGCCUGGGUGGUGCCCAGUGCCACGGCGGACUGUGUCAGUGCCCUCGGGGGUACGGGGGGCCCCACUGUGACCGGCCUUUGUGUCCUCAAGACUGUGGAGUCACAGAAGGAAGAGGAUCUUGUAAUAUAUCUCUGGGAGUGUGUAUUUGUUCAGAUGCCUGGGCUGGCUCUGAUUGUUCAAUCCCUGUGGAUUCUAACAACCUGGUCUGGGAGACACUGAUGGAUACACAACUGACAUCGAACCAGGCCCACAGGUUCCUCCACAGGAUGGGCCACUCUUUGGUGUCUGGACCAGAGGGAAACCUCUGGAUGUACGGAGGACUCUCACUGUCAGAGGGCAUUCUCGGAAAUGUCUACAGAUAUUCAGUGUUGGAGCGGCGGUGGACACAAAUGUUGACAAGUUCUGCUGAAGAGGGCUCUACACCAAGCCCUCGAUAUCAUCAUGCCUCUGCACUGCUGACUGAGUAUGGCUCUGGAAGUCACGGAGCAAACCACAACUUCAUGCUGGUGGUGGGUGGUGUCACCCAAAAUGGUGUUACCAUGGAUACGUGGAGCCUCAAUCUUAGUAGUUUAGUCUGGAGCGAACACAAGAGCUCAGUGCUGCCCCCGGUGGCAGGUCACACUCUGACUGUAUGUCGAGACUCGGCUGUAUUGUUGAUUGGUGGUUAUUCCCCAGAGAAUGGCUUCAAUCAUCAUCUACUGGAGUUCAACCCUCAUUCUGGAAACUGGACCAUUGCCCCCCACACUGGCACACCCCCGACUGGUUUAUAUGGACACACAGCGGUCUACCAUGAUCAGACUGAUGCCAUCUAUGUCUUUGGAGGUUAUCGCUUUCAUGUGGAGACUGUAGAACCCUCAGGCGAACUCUACAGUCUGUAUUACCCCAAUUUCACCUGGUCUCUGCUGGUCCCCUCACUUGGAAAUAAGCCCCUGUCCCGUUUCUUCCAUGCUGCAGCUUUGAUCAAAGAUACCAUGGUCAUAGUUGGAGGGAGGACUGGAACAGAAGAUUAUAGUAACUCAGUGUCUCUGUAUCAGAUCAACUGCAACACGUGGAUACAACCAGCCUCAGCUAUAGGAGACCCCGUUAAUCGUUCUGUCUCUCUUGCUAUGACGAGUCUGGGUGGCCGUCUCUUCCUGUCGGGAGGUUUCAGUGGGGUCACACUGGGUCGCCUCAUAACUCUCACUGUGCCCUCUGACCCCUGUUCACUGCUGCACACUCCAGAGGCCUGCAACUCCACUAUAGUCAGCUGCAUCUGGUGCAGAGGAACCUGUGCUUCCUCUGAUGGUGCAGAGAGACUUGGCUGUUUGACCAGCCAGUCUUACUGCUCCCCAACUCCUACUCAACCAGAGCAGUGUCGCAGGCUGAAGACUUGCAGUGAAUGUCUUGCACGACACCCCAAGACAUUCUCCAGUCCAUCACAGUUUGCUCUCCAGUGUAAAUGGUGCACAAACUGUCCAGAAGGGGCCUGUAUCAGCAUUUCUGUUAGCUGCACAUCUGAACACGAUUGUCGGAUCAACCAGAGAGAGAUCUUCCUGUCAAGUAACUGCACCGAGACCAGCUGUGAAGCCUCUGACUGCCCCAAGUGUACUGCCUCAGGGAAGUGCAUGUGGACUCGUCAGUUCAAGCGUACAGGAGAGACGAGGCGUAUCCUGAGUGUCAGUCCCACCUAUGAUUGGACAUGUUUCAGCUACGCCCUGCUUAAUGUGUCACCUAUGCAGGUGGAGUCUUCUCCCCCUCUCCCAUGUCCUCCUCCCUGCCACAGCCUCCAGAACUGCAGCCUGUGUCUGGGCUCCAGAGGCUCUGAUGGGGGCUGGCAGCACUGCGUGUGGAGCAUGGCUCUGCAGCAGUGCAUGAGCCCAUCGUUUGUAUCACUGCGCUGUGAGGCAGGUCAAUGUGGUCGCCUGCUUUCUGGCGGGGACUCCUGUUCUCCACAGUGCUUCCAUCUCACCCAGUGUUCCCAGUGCAUUGCCAGACCUCAGUGUGGCUGGUGUGCAACUCGAGGUGGUAACGGGGCUGGACGGUGCAUGCAGGGAGGACUUGAUGGUGUGAGUGAGGGUGUUUGUCCCCUGAGAAACAGCAGCUGGUCUUUUCUCCACUGUCCCGAAGAAGACGAGUGUGCCAAUGGCCAUCACCACUGCAACAGCACCCAGGACUGCCAUGAUCUUCCACAAGGUUACCACUGUACCUGCAAACAGGGAUACAUACUCAACAGUGUUUCGAGCCAGUGUGAGCCAGUUUGUGCACAAGGCUGUGUGAACGGAAGCUGUGUGUCUCCAGGAGUUUGUCAGUGUCACUUUGGCUUUGUUGGGGAUAACUGCUCCUCUCAGUGCAACUGCAACAAACACAGCGACUGCGCUGGAGUUAACAAACUAGAUGUAUGCCUAGAGUGCCACAAUAACACCAUCGGUCUGCACUGUGAGAAGUGUAAACCUCUCUUUGUGGGCUCUGCCAAGGGUGGUGGUACUUGUCGACCAUGUCGAGAGUUUUGCAGGGGUAACAGUGGUGUGUGUCUGUCCCGGGAUGAGCAUAAGAAGGCCCUGGAGAACCCGCGACUCUUCCAUCUGGACCCUGUCUCUAUUCAGAACUGGGUGUCAGAAGGGCCCACAGAAGAAAAUGCUGUUUGUGUGAGUUGCCAGAACAACAGUGUGGGGGACAAGUGUGAGAGCUGCCUCAGUGGCUACUUCCUCCUGCAAGAUAAGUGUGAGAAGUGUCAGUGUAAUGGCCAUGCAGAUACUUGUAAUGAACACGAUGGCACAGGUUGCCCAUGCCAGAAUAACACAGAGACAUCUGCCUGCCUCAGCAGCCCUCCAAGUGAUCGCAAAGACUGUUACAGGCAACAGUGUGCCAAGUGCAAGGACUCCUUCAAUGGCACGCCAGUGAACGGGCGUCAGUGCUACCGUCAGUUCAAUGUGGACACAGAGUGCUGUUUUGACCCCACUUCCCAGACGAACUGCUUCCAUGAUCCCAGCAUUCGCAAUCUGCCCAAAGGCCGCACUGUCUUUUUCGCUGCCCAACCAAAGUUUACCAAUGUGGACAUUCGUGUCACAAUUGAUGUUACUUUUGGUGAAGUUGCAGUUUAUGUAUCCAACUCCCAUGACACUUUCAUCGUGGAUGUGGAGCACCAAACAGGGAUCCACACCAUCAGAAUUGAGGAGGAAUCGGUGGUGCGUGGAGUCGACAAGGACUCGCCUCCUUCCCCUAUUAAGGUGUUUGCCAAUGGCUCUUCGAAUAUUGGGAGCCCCAUGGUCCCCACAAACCCACUGCAGCUGCAAGCAAAACCCCCGGGAGCAGAAAGAGAAAUCCGUGAAGAGCGUGCUGAAGGACUCAUCACCUACAUCACGGUGUGGAAGCCCCAGACGGUGCUGAUUGUCCGUCGUGUUCGAGACCGUGUAGUCAUCACCUUCCCCCACGAGGUGCACUCUCUGAAAUCCAGCCGCUUUUAUAUUGCCCUGAGAGGUGUGGGAACAAAUAAGAAAGACGGAGAGUCCCAGGGCCUACUGUUUUUGAGACAGGAUCAAGCCCACAUUGAUCUUUUUGUGUUCUUCUCAGUUUUCUUCUCCUGCUUCUUUCUCUUCCUUUCUGUAUGCGUCCUCCUUUGGAAGGUUAAACAGUUUCUGGACUUCCGUCGGGAGCAACGUCGCCACAUCCAGGAGAUGACCAAGAUGGCAUCUCGACCCUUUGCCAAGCUCACAAUCUACCUAGAACCUGAGGAGCCCCAGCUCAUCUACCUGCCAUCAACCGGUGGAGGGGUGGGGGGCAGUACAGUGACACUCACACAUGGCCGCACAAGCAAGCUUGGAGGUGUGGUCAUAGGCCAGAGGGGAAGGGCAGGAGCUAUUACCUACAAGCAUGACCCAGGAUCUGGACCCACAGCCCACCACCAUCACCAUUUCACUCUCGGUGGAGGGGGCAACAGUGGGCAGCACCUGCCGCUGCACUACCUGAAUACCCACCAUUACGCCAGCACCACUGGGGGCACGCAGGCCCCACAUCAUCAGCACACGUCGGCAUACAGCGGCUACCAGCACUUCUGCCGUUCCGAUCCCUUCCUCUCUCAGCUCAUGGGGUUUUCCUAUUCUUCUUUUAAAGUUGGACCAAUCACCCUAGAACCCACAGACGACGGCAUGGCGGGAGUAGCCACUGUCCUCUUUCAGUUACCUGGAGGGGUCUUGGCUCCAAACCGUGCCUGUCUAGGUUCUGCACUUGUUACAUUGCGUCAGAAUCUGCAAGAAUACUGUGGCCACGGCAACGGAGGGGGGCACCCAGGGUCGGGUGCAGGGCGAAAGGGCCUGUUAGGGCAUCAGCACCUCACCACUAUGGCCGUGUAGACAAACACAAGGCCUUACAGAAAGAAGACUGUGGUCAUCUAUUAUUGUUGGAUAAAGAUAUAAAAUAUAUAAUAAUUUAAUUUUCUGAAAGAAAUGUGACUGCACGUCAGAGUCCAGACGUUUCUGUGUCUGUUACGGUCAUCCCAGUGAACAGAGUUGUACAUACACUGUAUAUUAAUUACUGUCUUGUGUUGCAUCAUGCCUUGCUGUGCUGUGUUUGAGUGCUUCACAUGGCCCAUCGGGCUGUCUCUACAAUGCACCGUGGCUGCAGUACAUAGCUAGAAAACUGUUGCAUUCAGUCUGUGGUCACUACAGAGGAGGUAUGAGUACGUAACAGCCAGAUCUGACUGAGACUGAAGCCAGACUGUUGUUUAAUGCAUCACCAAGAAACUAAGAAGAAAAAUAACUGCUUAGAGCCAACUAGUGCUUUAUAUACUCCCAAAAGUGUCAGUCACAACCACACUAAAGACAAGAGACUUUGGUUCAGCACAAACUGCAAGGUUUUGUUUGCCUGCACGGGGGGUACAUGUUCAUGAAAUGUCUUUAAUAUCAUUGAAGAUUGGACUGAUUUUUUUUUUUUUAUCUUUAUCAUGUAUGGCAGGCUAAGCUACGUGUUGUUUUGUUGAUUUUGUAUUUUGGCUUAUUUUUCUGCUCUGCCUUCACUUCUUGCCUUGUCUGUGAGCCAGCUGGCUUACACUUAACAUGCUAAAGGAAAUGUGUUGGUGCUGCUCGUGGAUGACUUAAUGAUCUACUGUUUCUUCAUGGGCAAUGUUUCAUCUUGAGUUCAUAAUAUUUAACACUACAGAAUCCAUACAAAUGAAGUGAUGUGUACGGGAAAUUCUUUCAUCAGUAUGAGUGAAAUUUAAAAGUAAAGGUCUCCUGGGAGAGUUUUUGUUUGUAAUGAGACUGAAUUAAUUAUUCACUGGUUGGUGUUUAUGUGGCAUCAACAGUUUUAUGUUUUUGCACUGUUUGGAGCCAAUGCAUCCCAUUUUUCAUGUGAAAACACUAAAAGGUGAAUUGAUCCAAGUAAGGUAUACAGUGACGCAAAUAAGUAUUUGAUCUACUGUCGAUUUUGCAAGUUUUCCCACAUACAAAGAAUGAAGAUGUCUGUAAUUUCUAUUGUAGGUACAAUUCAACUGUGAGAGACAGAAUCUUAAAAAAAAAAAAAAAAAAAAAAAUCAUCAUCUACACAAUAUUUUAUGGUCUGAAAUCUUGCUUGAUUUAA